AUGUCUGAAGUAAUUGAAGAGAUAACCCCCGCCCCAAUAACACCGCGCCCGGCGGCCACCAUAGAGGAUCCUCCGGAGUCUAUGUCACGGGCUGCGUCUGUGGCUCGGGUGCCACCUCUCCAGAUCCCUGCUCCAACCACAGCUGUCAAUGGUGAUGGUGGUGGUGGUGGCGGCGGCGGUGGUGGUGACCAGAUAACACUAAAAACCCCAAAAGCUUUGACCCCAAAAUCUCGUACCCCACGGUUCAUGACUCCAAUAGGGAGCCCUGUUAGGAGGGCUCUCAAACUCACAAGGCUUGAUCCCCAGGAUGCUUGGCUUCCAAUCACUGAGUCUAGAAAUGGCAACGCUUACUAUGCUGCCUUCCAUACUCUUUGUUCUGGUAUUGGAAUUCAAGCCCUUAUUCUUCCUGUUGCCUUCAUCACACUUGGGUGGACAUGGGGGAUUAUAUGCAUGACUUUGGCGUUCAUAUGGCAACUUUACACUUUAUACUUGCUGGUCCAGCUUCAUGAAUCUGCUGAAACAGGCCUACGAUAUUGCAGAUACAUUCAACUUUGCAAUGCAAGUUUUGGUGAGAAGCUAGCACAGUUCUUAGCCUUGUUCCCAAUCCUGUACCUAUCGGGCGGCACGUGUGUAGCUCUGAUCGUCCUUGGAGGGUCAACAGCAAAGAUGUUCUUCGAAAUUGUGUGUGGACAUACAUGCACUGUAAAGUCAUUAACACCAGCAGAGUGGUACUUGGUGUUUACAGUCGUAGCUUCGAUUCUUUCUCAGCUGCCCAACUUGAACUCCAUUGCUGGAGUGUCUCUUGUUGGUGCUAUUUCUGCUAUUGGCUACUCCACAUUGAUCUGGGUUGUGUCUCUGGACAAGGGCAAGCUUCCCGAUGUGUCUUAUGACCCCGUGAAAGCCGACAAACAAUACAUUUAUUUUUUUGAUGUUCUUAAUGCCCUUGGAAUGAUUGCCUUUGCCUUCAGAGGCCACAACCUUAUACUUGAGAUCCAGGCCACAAUGCCGUCCAGUGAAAAACAUCCAUCACGCGUGCCUAUGUGGAGGGGUGUCCAAAUUUCCUACACACUCAUAGCAAUGUGCAUUUUCCCUCUUGCAAUUGUAGGCUAUUGGGCAUACGGUCAAAAGAUACCAGCACAGGGAGGAAUGUUUGCGGCCUUGUUCGGCUUCCAUGCCCUUGACACGUCCCAAUUCAUCUUAGGGCUAGCAAGUUUGUUUGUUAUAGUCAAUGCAUUGAGCUCCUUCCAAAUCUAUGGCAUGCCGAUGUUCGACGAGAUGGAAGCACAAUACACCAGGAGGUUCAAGAAGCCAGCUCCAUGGUGGCUGAGGGCCAUUGUGAGAUGCAUGUUUACUUAUGGAUGCUACUUCAUGGCUGUGGCCAUCCCCUUCCUGGGAAGCGUGGCUGGUUUGCUAGGAGGGAUUUCAUUGCCUGUGACAUUGGCCUAUCCAUGUUUCAUGUGGAUCAAGAUGAAGAAGCCUAAGAAGUACGGCAUAAGUUGGGGGGUUAACUGGGUGCUUGGGGUUGUGGGGAUGAUUUUAAGUGUUAUGUUGACUGCGGCUGGUCUUUAUGUUGUGAUUGAUACUGGUAUUAAGGUGAGCUUCUUCAAGCCUCAGUAA